AUGGAUUGUCGUUCGCCCGCCGGUGUGAAGAAAUGUCAAUUCUGCGAUCGACGGUUCACCAGAAACGAGCACCUUCGCCGACAUCAACGGCAUCACACUGGCGAAAAGCCAUUUCAGUGCCAUCUCUGUAACAAAUCAUUUGCAAGAAGUGAUGUCCUUGCUCGCCAUCUUCGGAAUCAUGGCCCAGAAAGCCAAGAGGACAAGGCAAAUGUGGAGGAGGUCCAAGAAGUUCAAGAUUCUUCCAUGAUGACUACAGAAGAAUCUGUGCCAGGGGAAUCCUUUGAAUUGCAGGAGGCAGACUUUGCGGGCAAUCAACGUGCUUCCGAAUUUGACCACGCUCGUGGUAUUGGUUCGUCUGUGGACGUCCAGGCUGGACCAGGCAUAAUAUCCAACGAGACUAUCAUUACGCACGCGAUGCAACUUCCGGCCUCGGAGCAGAUGCCGUCGACAGAGGCAUUUGCAGUCGCCUCUACUGGCUUUGAUCUCAGCGCAUUGUGCGGCUACAACCUUGACUUUCCUGCGGUCUUCGAAGCCCUCGAUAGAUGGAUCACGCCAGCGCCGACAGCAGACCACAGCCUGCUGGCCUUUUUAUCUCCGAGUAAGGAAAGCCCAGACGCAAUCUCAUUCGAUGCCACCUCUCGAGAGCUGUCGAAGCGCGUCCAGGAAGCAUGGCCAAGGAGACGCGCAAAUCCAGUCGUACGAGUGAUACGCAAUAUGUGGCGCUGCGCUGCGGUGCACACCGCCGACAACUUCUUCUCAAGCCCACCAGCCGCGGACCCAUCUCAGCCUCGAAGUGCGGGCAGUUCAACCUCAAGGUGGAAUAUGGACGACGAAUGCAGAGCUAGGCUAAUGUCAGACUGCGAAACAAACCUCCUCCCAGCCGAGAGCUACACCGGCGGAGUUACCGCUCCGGGCUCACCUCACAUCUCCGUCCCUUCAGUUCAAGAAGAAGUGGAAGUGGAAGGUCUCUCACCUCAAGCGCCCCGGCUGCCGUUCCCGUCGACGGAAACGUUGGACAUGAGCAUCGACUUUUACUUCCGGCGGUUCCAUCCGGUCCUGCCCUUCUUGCACAAAGCCACCUUCGACGCAAAGUUGACGCCCAGCUGGCUCUUACUCCCCAUAUGCCUGAUUGGUUUGUCAAUCCUCAACCCUGGCGGAGCUGAAAAUAUCAUUCGACUGUAUCUCGGCAGGCUCAUACGCUUCAGCCGAUUGAAUCUCACCUAUAAAGGCCUCGGGAAGGGUGGAGCUCACCAACUCUUGACGUCCUUAGCGUCUGCACUUCUGGUGCUAUACCUGGGCCUGAGCUGCGAGAAAUUGGUCGACGAGUAUCAGGCCCACAUGCUGGCUAUACAGACGCUCUUCAUCGCUGACCGCCAUGGAAUGUUUUCGGCCCUCGAUGGCGAGACGGUGACAUUGGAUAUGUUUCAGAGUCAUUCGGACCCGGAAGAGCAGUGGAAGUCUUGGGCACGGGUUGAAUCUUUGAAGAGAUUGGUAAUAUGCUUGAUAUCUAUCGAUUCAGCUUACACGAGGAUGCUUGAUCUGGCCGCCAAUAUUGGGAUCGAAAGAGUGGAGUUGGUGAUGCCCUGUGAUUCGACAUUAUUUGACGCACCGUCGGCGACCGUGUUCUUCUGCAGAGUCGAAUUCGGGGCCUCGAUGAUCGCUCCCCAAGCCGAUCUAGCGGCAGCACCGGUAGGAGAAGGGCCUUCGAUUUCGACUUUCGAUGCCCUGGGCCUGAGGACUCUCCUCGAUGUCCUCUGCCUGCGCGAGGCGGCAUACCGGCAUAAGCUUCUCUCAAAGGCGAACUCUCCCUCCAGACCCACAUCCUUUGUUCCGUCACUAGUAUACGCACGGGACGAGAGUGCAUCGAACAUUGCUAGGGCUCUGGUAUCCAUUGCCACGACCAGGACGCCCCUGCUUCAACAAGAUGCGCCAGCAGCCUUGACAUGGAACCAUCUCUGCCUCCUGUUGUGCGCAGAUAUAGAUCGAGUCCAGACUGCGUGUGGCAGGACAGGUUUGGAGGCCGCACACAAGGCUAUGAAGGACCUCUUCCUGUGGUCGCAGACGCCUAGCGCACGUCGGGCCGUCCUCCACUCUGCACAGAUCUUCAACAUUCUAUCUCAACAGAGAGUUUCUGACUGCAAGACUCUGUUGCCGGAAUUGCUCUUGUCGAAUGCAGCCCUAGUUAUGGCGAUGUACGUCUGUGUCAGUCCUCAGAACAGCCAUUCCUAUGUCCAACCCACUGAGCUAUUGCAAAGACCCGAUUGGUGCAGCAUCGGCGAGGAAGGUUUCUGCCCGCCGUCUCGAAUCGAAGACCGUGAUGGCCUAGCGAUGUCCAUGAACAGCCUGAUCUGGAGAUUCAUUGUAGAGGGAGGAGCACUUACAUUCGGCGGCGAGACAUACUCUCCUGGCGCUGCAUCGGCGCGAAAAGUGGUGCUCGUCUACGCACAACUGGUUGAUGAGAUCUCUCCGAAGCCUGGGUCGGAUCACUCACGACUCCUCCGCACAAUUGGUGAUUUUCUGGGUGGCGCAGCUGAGCAACUGACAGCAGCGCUGGAUGUCGGCUAG